AUGGGAUUCUGUUUAUUCAACAACAUUGCAAUUGCAACAAGCUUUCUCCUUAACCAAAAAGAAUUAGGUAUUAACAUGAUACUAAUUGUUGAUUGGGAUGUUCAUCAUGGAAAUGGUACUCAAAAGACCUUCUAUAAGGACUCCCAAGUGUUGUUCUUCUCUGUACACAGGGAUGAGUAUGGAACUUUUUAUCCUUGUGGUGAUGAUGGAUCAUAUGACAUGAAGGGUGAGGGAUAUUAUAGAAAAAAAUUGAACACACUUAUAGUGGCGGAUCCAGUAUACUUACAGUGGUCGAUCCAGUUUUCGUUAUUAUUCUUUGAGCCUCUUAGUAUUGCUUUCGAAACACUACAGGAGAUUUUGGUUCAUGGGUUUCAACUGGUUGAUAUAUGGGUUCACCACUCAGCACGUAACACCACAAAUUCCAAAAUAUCAAAGCUUUUAGAUAUGUUGGGAGCAGGCAAGACUCCGAUUUUUAUCAUUCUGUUAUGCUGA